AUAGACAGGUCAUAAUUCAUAUUUUUUGUUAGCGUAGAUGAUCUCGAGUUUGGCUGUGUUUGGUAAUUGUCGUUUCCGCCACAAAUCGGAGGGUUUGACCAAUUUAGCUGUUUGAAAGACUGGAAACGCCGUUCUUUUUACGUUUGGUAAAGAGAGAGACAUGGACAAAACAAAAAAGCAUAAUGUGCCAAGGAAUUUAGCAUCAAAGCGAACAUCAACUACAUUUGGAGACAAUAUGUCAGAAUAUGAGAAACAACGUUUACUCAGAGUUCGUGAGAAUAAGGAAAUGAUGCUCAAAUUAAAACUUACUGAUAUAUGUUCUUCACUAUCAAGUAUGGUGGAUAGUCAGAACGGGAGAAAGAGAAAAGAGAAUCUGAGGAAUGAUCCUAAUUAUGUUCCUACUGCUGAAGAAAUUACUUCAUUAGAGAUGGUUGAAGGUGCAAAUGUUCUCAAAAAGAAAAAGCAACAGUAUAUCGCACCCCAGUCACUCACUAGAGUUCUAAGGAAUAAACAGCCUCAAGGCCUACCAAAAAGUGAUUUAAAGGUGCAAAAUCAAUCUGCAAAAGAAGUCACAACACAGAAGAACAAAAACAAGGGUCCACCCAGAGAUGCAGUUAUUAAUAUGGCUGAGUUUUUAAGAUACAAAUCUCAAGAGGAGAACCAGGAACCACAAUUAUCGCCAGAAAAUGAAGUGCAAGGACAAAUGGAUUUUAGUUCAUGGGAAGAUGAUGACAUUUUUGAUAGCAUUGAGUCAGACAGUGCACAAGGUGGAAAUAAAUCUAAAGAAGGGGAUGAUGAUGAUGUUAUGAUGGAUCAAUUCGUCGAAGAAGACGAGAAUGAAGAUGAUUUUAUAGAACACGGUCAAUUAAUUGGAGAUGAUGAUGAUGAUGUUGAGGUAAACGGUAAUGAAAUGCAUGAAGGAUCAAAUGUUGUGGCACACGAAAGAAAAAAAAGAGGUCCUACAAUGAUGCAUGCAGUACACGUGAGAGAACAUCGUAUAUCCAUCAUAUUAAAUAAAUUUGGACAACCUAUUGGGCCCGAUAAAGCCGCACUGGAUCAGUUUUCAUCAUUUUUGGGAACGGUGGCUCGUCAUUAUGCCUUUGCUCCACUAGUUACUCCAACGUGGACCCGUGUAGAAAACAAAAACAAGAUGUGGGAAUAUGUAUUGUCAAAAUAUGAUGUCCCCAUACAUGGAAAAAAAUGGGUCUUAAGUACAAUGGGGUCUGCAUGGAGGGUACACAAGUGUCGAUUCAAGGAAAAGUUUUGCAAAACAUAUAAGGAUAAUAUGACGAGAUGGCGCCACCGCCCAAAAGACAUUCCCCAAAGUGAUUUUCGAGCUCUUUUAAAGCGAUGGAAUUGUAAAGAUUAUCAAGCAAAAUGUUCCCGUAACAAGCGCAGUCGUAGUUUCCAGAAGGACAAUCACACAGCUGGUCGUGAGUCUUUUGCGAGGAUUCGGGAAAGAUUGGAAACUACCCUUCCAAAUUGUAAUGACAUACCUUUGUCAACUAUGUUUGAAGUCACACGUAAAAGGACUGAGGGCCGCAACUACAAAGAGUGUAAUGAAGAUACUGCUGCAAAAGUGGCCAAAAUGAAGAACUAUGAGGCACAGAAUAAGGAUGAAAGUGGUAGUGCAAUAAUUGAUGGAUAUUCAUUUGUUAUGUCAAAAGAGGUUGAUGGUCGUCCGAUAAUGUGUGGCAGAGGUGUGACCAAGAAAGAUAUCUCCAAAGUGAAAGAUAAUCCACAAUCACAUGUUGCGACUCCAAAUGACAUGGACACCGUAAUAAGUGAUUUGAGAAAAGAGAUUGAAUUAGUAAAUGAGAAGAAGAAUGCUGAAAUGGAACAAAUGCGCAAGGAACGUGACGCUGAAAAACGAAAGAUGGAUUUAAUUUUGUCAAAACUUGCUACUUUGAUUCCAGAUCUCGAUUCUGCUUUACUUGAACUAUAGAUUGGUCUGAAAGACACGCCAGACAUAGGGAAGCACCAUAGACACGACCAGUGGUGAAGAUUGCAGUUUACUAGCGGCACUAGAAUUUUAUAGAUUAGUUGGAUAUUCUUUUUGUCUAUUUUUUGUUGAGCACGUUUGACAAUUUUUUUUGGGUACUUCGACAUUAUGAUGGAUUAUUUGAAGAUAUUAUUAAGUUUUAUUUGAAUAAAAUAUUCCUCCAAG